AAGCCUGCAGCGCCUGCUGCAUACUUGCGCUCUCUCUCUCUCUCUCUCUCUCUCCCUCCUCGUUCUCUAGAAGCGUAUAUACACACUGCAGCAUCGUUGUCUCGCGCGCGCAUAUAGGAUACUUUCAUUGACAAACGCGCCAGUAAAAAAGAGCAGAGAGGGAGAAUCGACAGCCGGAUACAUAUACACGCGUAUAGCAGGGGGACGACGCGUGUGCUUCCGAGAAAUGCAUUUCGGUGACGUCGCGCCAAUGCAUCCUUACAGUCGCUCGGACUGCUUGUGAGCGCGAGAGAGACGCGCCCGCACACCAUCAGUCUACGCUAGUAUUCCAGCGUGUGUCCUACUGUGCGCGAGAGACGGUUCGUGCGUUUACGCUCUCUGUGUUGAUGAGGCCGCGAUGCCGUAAUGGCUGGUAGAGCACGACCUGCAAACGCGGAGAUCGAUCCGGAUCUUUCGACACCGACUGCAGCCAAGAGGUCGAAACUCGGCGCAACACCCGGCAGCAGUGCCAGCCAAGAGGACGAGAGCCUGAAGCAGACGCCUCUGGGAAGCGAGCUCGGCGAUCUAGAAACGUCCGAGGUUCUACCCUCCUCGGACGAGUCUUUCGGCGAGGACGACGACAAGGGCAAGAUCAGGAUCGGCGCGAAGCUCGAAGCGAAAAAGGAAGGAGACAGUCCGGCAGCCUCUUCGUCGACAGCCACUGGUGACAAGAAAACGCAGCCGUCACGGGAGGCCACGUCAGGGGGGGCGAUGGGUAGAGAGGCAGGUCUGCAGAGCUCGUUGAUGGGCGAGCAUGCGCUUUAUCAGGACCUUUCGCUUAUCGGGGACGGUGCCUACGGCACGGUCUACAAGGCCAAAGACGCCAACAGUGGACAGGUCGUAGCUCUCAAGAAAGUCCGAGUGCCCAUUACCGAGGAUGGCCUGCCGACCUCGACGCUCCGAGAGAUCGCCGCCCUCAAGCAGCUCGAGAGGUUCGAGCAUCCGCAGAUCGUGAAACUCCUCGAUGUCUGCCAGGGUAACUACUUGCAGUUGCCCUCAGGAGAUGGAAUGACCGAUCGGAUAAACCGCGGGUUAACUCUGUGGCUGGUUUUCGAACACGUCGAGCGAGAUCUGUCGUCUUUUUUGACGGCCUGUCAGUCGCGCAAGAUUCCAUCGCAGUUGGCCAAGCAGAUGUCCAGGGAAAUUCUACUGGGAGUGGAUUUUCUUCACAGCCACAGGAUCGUGCACAGAGAUCUCAAGCCGCAGAAUUUGUUGGUUACCAAGGAUGGCCACGUCAAGAUCGCUGAUUUUGGUCUUGCCAAGACGUACGAUUUCGAGAUGAAAUUGACUUCGGUUGUCGUGACGCUUUGGUAUCGGGCCCCGGAAGUUCUCCUGGCAUGCCCCUAUGCCACUCCAAUCGACAUUUGGUCUGUCGGCUGUAUUCUCGCCGAACUUAACGAACUGAAGCCGCUUUUCCCUGGAACCAGCGAAGCAGAUCAAUUGGACAAAAUUUUUAGAAUCAUCGGAACGCCACCGGAAUCAGAAUGGCCAGAGAACGUGUCGUUGGGCUGGUCAGCAUUUCCAUUCAGACAUUCCAAGCCUAUGAAAACGAUAAUUCCGAACCUGAGUGAUGCAGGACUUGAUCUCAUAAAAAAUAUGCUCAUUUUUAAUCCUCACAAACGUCUUACGGCAGCUCGAGCUCUCCAGCAUCCGUAUUUUCUCGAGGAUGAAUCUUGAUAAUAACUUUUGCUACAAGCCAUAACACGUAUCGAUUCGGAGAUAACCGAAUUUCCACGAAUUGAAUAGCCUUUUUAAAUAUAUCGAAAUCACCAUUUCUGUACAAAUUUAAAGUUAAAAUUAUUUAAUUACGCUUAUAUAUCAGAAAAGUAAGAGUUAUUUAAGAUUUCUGUAAAGUUCUUGUUAAAGUAUUCAAUUGUGCGUCAGAAGUAUAUGUAUAGUGUAACGUGUGUAAAUGCGACUUCGAGAUAAGCUCAAAUAUUCAUUCUUAUUUAAUAGAGCAAACUAUCAUGUAGAUACAUGUAUUCAUACAGAUAAAAUUAUUAAUCAAGUUGAAUGUUAGUGAUUGAAAAAGUGUACGUGAAAUUUUAGUUAUUAUCGAGUGCAAAAGUAUAAAUGUUUUUAAAUUUAUCAUAUCGUAAGCAUUAUUUUCGUAAAGUAUAAAAUAUAGAUACAUCUAAUUAUUAAGAAAUCGUAUAGUUAAAUUUAUUGGGACUUAAAGACCCUUCAUAUUAUUAUUUCAGCAUUUAAUGUAGAAACAAUUGCGAGACCAGAAAACUCACUGCCAUAAUUAAGGAAUGAAGCGCAUCAGGUGCGCAUAGAUUAGAAUUUUUGAAUUUUAUAUAUGUAUGUAAUAUAAUAAGUAUACUGUAUUGUAAAUGCUAAGUUAAGUCCUUAUGUACCUUAUACAAUUUUUUUAUUGUUUGUAUUAGUAAAUACUAGACCAAGUAAGACUGUAUAAAAAAGUAAUAAGAAUAAAAUGAAUAUUUUGUA